AGAAGAAGAGCUUACCAUCGGCUGAACUGCGCAUGCGUUAAAAAAGCUAGCUGCUGAUUAACAAUCGCUUUAAUUGUGGUGAAUAUGUAUUUUUACGCUCCACAAUGGUAAAGCAUCGCUCGUAUUAUCUUUUGUAAUCUUUACUCCACGCGGUCUGUUUGAGUAUUAUUAACGAGAGGCGCAUUAAAUCCGCAGUUUGUCGAUCUUUAGCAAAAGGUAGCUAACGUUAGCAAACACACACGGCAAGAUGGACGAGACUUCUGUAGCGGCAGCAAUCGGAGAGGAGAGCGCUCAAAACUCGGCCUUUAGUGUCGACAAAGACGAUGAAAACAACGAGCAUUCGUCUACGAAGGAGGCCGCUGACAGGGAUGGGCUUUUCUGCUGUCAGGAUUGCGGAGAAGCUUUCAGCGAGGAGGCGGCGUUCUCAGAGCAUCGUCAUCAGCACCCUCCACAAAACACACAUUUAGACAGCCGAUCUGACUUUUUACUUGAUGCUGAAAAGGACAAUGAAAAACUUUAUUUCUGCACUUACUGUUCACUGUCAUUUGUUGAGAUGAGUGAACUGCACGUACACAUGAAGGACCAUGGUCAGAUCUCUCUGAAGGGGUCUGAUGUCAACACUGGAGCAACAAAGCAGCACGCCUACGAAUGUUCAGAUUGUGGGAAAUCAUACUCUGUGAUCGGACACUUUCUCAACCAUCAGCGCUCACACAAGCAGCCCUCCAAAUCAGUUUUUCACGACUUGGAGCAUUUAAAAAAGAAGUCAUUUCAGUGCGAGUCCUGCGGGAGGAAUUACUCUCGCGCUUCGGCCCUCGAUGCUCAUAGACGUUGCCAUGAGGAGAAACUGGUGAAGUCGAAAAACAGGAGCUCUGGAGAAAUGGUUAAGAAGGUAGAACCGGCUAUGGAGGCAAAGCUGAGUGAAAACCCAACAGUGAAGGAUUGUGAGAAGCUUUUUAAAUGUUUGUGCAGCAAAGCAUUUUCUAGCAUGAUGCGCCUGAAAACACAUCAACGAUUCAGCCGCAACACUCUUUGCUCUCCGGAGGAGAUGAAGCAAAAACCAAAGAAGGGCUGCGGCGAGUUUUACUGCAGCGAGUGCAGCAAGGUGUUCAGUGGGCACAUCGCUUUCUUUAAUCAUCAGCGAUGGCACGCUAAUCACUCGGAUGAAUCGGAAACGAGGUUCACCUGUGAGGAAUGUGGUAAAGUGUUCAUGACUCUGACGUUCUACUACAGACACCAGCGUACUGCACACAGUGUUGAGACCCCAUCAAAAUCUUUUUAUCAUCAACUCUGUCAGCUCCAGAAGAAGGCAUUUGAAUGUAAAGACUGUGGGCUGAAAUUUUCUAGGGCUUCAGCGCUUCAGUCACAUCGGCUUCAGCACACAGAUGUUUUCAGAGAAACUGAGAAGGCACGUUCAGCAUCCUCUCCGCCAUCUCAGAGAAUAUCAGAAAGUGUACAGAAAGACAACGAGCACGUAGAAGCUUCAUUGGAAGGAACAGUGAAACCAGAAACUUUUUCUCCCACUGGUGUGGGUGGAGAAGAACACAUAAAUGAGAUGGAUGAAGACACGGAGAGCUAUGAGCCGGGGGAUUUUAAUGUACAGGUAAUCAGUGCGAGUGAAUCUGAAGACGAGGCUAUCCAAGAGCCGAAUCCUGAUCUGGAACUGCUCUGUGAAUCGGAUCAGGAGUUAAGAGAGGACGGAGAGGUUUCCCCUGGAAGUCUGGUUUCAAAACCGGAAAUUGACUUGAAAAUAGUCCAGAUUGACUUUGAGGAAAGCUCACAGGGUGCACUACUAGGGAGUGUAGCCCUGCAUAGAACUGCAGAGGAGAGUUUUGAUUGCCCGGAGUGUUAUCGCUCAUUUAGUAAUCCAUCAUCGCUGCGCGUGCACAGAAUGUGGCACGGCGUUCGUAGGAGAAGACUGCAGAAUCGCGGUCAGUCAGAGGCAGCUUACGAUUGUGACACAUUUACGCAUGAAACACAGAGCAGCGGAUCACUGAAUCAGGCGAAACCGGCCUCAGAAGAGAAAUCUUUCACAAUGGGUGAUUUUUAUAAUAAAUGCGGUCAAGUUUUCUCCUGUCCGUCUGCUUUAGGGUCACAUCAGUUACCCGACCCCAAAAGAAAACAGUUUCAGUGCCCACAUUGCACAUCAUCCUAUUUACAUGCAGCCAGCUUGUUUAACCAUUUGAAAACCUGCACAGCACAAAAGAGGGAGAAUAUUUCUGGCAGUAAGAAAGAGUACAAUCCCAAAAAAACCCUUCUGGGUCCAAAGAUUUAUCAUUGCGAGCAGUGUGGGAAGGGUUUUUGGUCCUUAGGGGCGUACUCUCAUCACAAGCAAAAUCAGACGGAGUGCGUCAAUUUGAGGCUCAGGAAAGGCGUGUCAGGAUCUUUGCACUCUAAUGGACGCUCCCGCUCCGGCAUCAAGGUGGCAUGCCCCGUUUGCGGCAGGAAGUUCCGCCACAAAGGAAUCAUGGCGCUGCACAUGCGCAAGCACGAAAACGGGAACCACAAGUGCGAGAUCUGCGGCCGCUCUUUUCGUCUUUUUUCGAGCCUGCUGAGGCACGAGGUGGUGCACAGCGACCAGUUACUCCCACCGCCCGCCAAGUCCUUCCAGCAUCAGGUGGAGCAGCUUAAGAAGAACACUUAUGGCUGUCCCGACUGCGGAAAGCUGUUCUCACGGGCCAAAGCACUGCAGUUUCACAUGAAGAGCCACGGCUACGAGACCGGCCGCUCUCCGUCCUCACCGCGAACUGCUGAAGCUGUGAGUGAUCUUCAGUGUGCGACAUGCUUUGCAAAUUUCAGCAAAAAGUCCUCAUUAAGGGCUCACCGAAAGCUCUGUAUUAAAAGAUGCAGAGAGGGAGGAGUGAAGACGGAACAACCUGAAAAUUAUGCUACAAAAACAGAGAGUAUGGCAACCAGCAUGCUGGAACGAUCUGAGCAAAUAAACAAUGGGGACAGUGAUGCACUACAGAUGGAAAAUCAUCUAAAAGAGAAUGAUUCGGGUUCAAAUAAUUUGAAGUACAAAUGCAAGAUUUGUGACAAAAGCUUUUCAGUGGUUGGAGCCCUGAACUUUCAUAAAAGAAUUCAUGCUAAAGGCAACAAAGCGGUGGCAAAAUCAAAUUCUUCUCUCUCUCUGAUGUUUAAAAUGACCAAGAAAGAGGAGCAGAGUAAAGGACUGAUUCACUGCUUGGACUGCGGGAGGCGUUUCACCACAAAGUCGGCGCUCGGCUCCCACAAACGAUGGCACAGAAACAAGAAAUGUUCACUGUCUUCACUCAGAGAAGAGGCUUUCGGUUCCGUCGGUCAUAAGACCGAGGGUGGAGGUUUUGAGUGCGAGAAAUGUGGCAAACAUUUCUUUAACUGUCACGUCCUCCAGCGCCACCUGAUCUUUAAUCCUCAGUGUCUGACCAGAACAGAUUCAGAAUCAAACGCAGAUCUGGAAAGAAAUGGGUCAUCUGAGAGGUUUGCAUGUCCAGAAUUCAAUCAGACGUUUGGGCAAGUUUCACUUCUAGCUUCUCAUUUAGAAAAUGAGCAUUUUAAAAUUUUGGAGGCAGGAGAACCCUCGGGUAAGCCCUUAGAUCCUGCCUCAGAGCAGACUGAUGUUAGCAACGCUGGGAGGGAAUCCUUGUCAUCAGUCCUGAAGAUCAAAACUUAUCGAUGCCCCCUGUGCUCCAUGACUUUUGAAAAGGCGAGAGGUCUGCGUGCUCAUAAAUGGCAGGCCCACUCAAAGAGCAAAAAGAGCAAAACCAAACUACUUCAUAUGGCAAAGGUUGAGCAAACAGCCUUAAAAGACAAAGUGGACCAGAGAAAGCAUUCUGUGGCCAAAGGAUGGAAGAAUAUUAAAUCAGAUCCCCUGCCAGUGAGAUCUGUUCUGUGUCUCGACUCUUUGACAAAAUCCAGCUCUGCAGAGGCUCCUCUUACCCUUAACAGAGUUUGUUCUGAGGUGAAACAGAAGAUGGAAACCGGUGAAGCCUCAGACGAGGUUCCCCCUCCGCUCAGCCAUCUUUCUGAGCACACGGUGAAAUACCUCUUCAAGUGCGAUAAAUGUGGCAAAGCUUUUCAAACCGAGGAGCAGUUGGAAAGCCACAGGAACAAGGCAAAAAGCCGACCUUACUGCUGCGCCCUGUGCUGCCAAGGCUUCUGGACCGAGAAUCAGCUGCAGCAGCACCUUGCGUGGCACGACGAGGUGCGCUGCCGCUUGCCCAACGAGGUGCGCUUGUGGCUCGGCUCUGCUGUGACCUCAAAGCCUUUCAAACACAACUUUGCCAAUGAUGGCAAAGGAAAAAUUCUCCCACCUUCUGCCGCCAGCGAGCCCACCCUCAACCCUGCUGGGCUGUCGAGGUACAGCCGCAGGUGCAAACAAUGCAGCAAAGCCUUCCAUUCACCAACAGCCUUACAGAAACACAAAGUUCAGUGCAGCAACAGCGUGUCGUAGCGCUGAUCAUUUUGCCCCAGGGUUUUCAGUCACAUGCAGGAGUUUUUUGAUCAUCCCCAGGAAUGUAUCCGUGCUCUCACCAGGAACUGAGCCUCAUCCGGAGACCCCAACAGCCUUAAACUGCAUUGAAUGUGGGACUCCUGCACCAGCAUCUUACAGAGCAUGCCCAUUAACAGAACUCAGUCAUUUAAAAAAAAAUGUUUUUCUUCUUUCUACACCUCUGUGAUGUUAGGCUUCCUAUUCUCAGGCCUUCCUUUACACUGGACCAGAAUCACUGUAAAUGUGAAUGUACGCUUGUCGAUUUUGUCUGAAAGUAGAUGAAUGUCUAAGCUUUGCUCAGAUCAAAUAGUUUCAAGUCUUUUGUGUUUUAUAUUUAGAGUUAUGACAUUAAUGUGCUUAUAAAUUCACAUUUCAAAGAAGAAAUGCUGCACUAAUCAAAGAUGUACUACUAAUUCAAAGGUUUCUAAAUGAUAUUGAGACUAACAUAAAUAUGUACACAUGUCCUGCUGUUUUUAAACGCUGUGGGUUUUUAGUGAAUGAAGUACUAUUCAAAAUAUUUCACAGUAUUAAGGUAGUUUGUCCUGUAACGCAUGUUCUGUGUUGCUUGAUUCAUAAGCUCUGAUCUUUUUUUUUCUUCAUAGCUGUGUAUAUCCUUGCUGUGGAAAGACUACUCCUAAAUAUGGUGUUUAUGUUCCUAUAGGUUAGAAUUGAAAUAGAAAGCUUUUAGUUGAUAAUAUAUUCCUUGAUUUAAUUUCAUCUUUAUGACCGAUGUUUCAUUUGAUUGUUUCAGAAACGGAAGAUAAAAUUGUUUAGAUCUUGCAGAGAGUCGUGUGUUUUUUAUUGUUUGUUUUUAAAAUAGUUUAUGAUGAUUCCUGCUCCGUUCAUUCAAGUUGUUUAUUCAUGGUUUCACGUUUGACUUUAUUCUGAAACUAUUUCGAUUAUAUGAGCCUGUAAAAUGUAUUUGGUGGAACAAGUGAAGUUUGUUACGCGUUAACGACCAACUUUUGCUCGUUAAUUGACCAUGCUUUUUAAUUAAGACUGUUAGAUAGGAAGAUUAACUACUUUGAUCAAACAAAAGUCUGGGCUGGGAUUCUACUUAUUGAGAUUGUAAGCUAAUCAUCUUUGGGUUUCAGAGUUCAGCUUCAUUCCUCACCUCUUUCAUCAAAGGUUGUAGAUUUAAUUCGUUUUUUAUGUGUGGUUCUGAUUUAAUGCAAACGCUUUAUUUCCUUCCUUUCUUCCUCCUUACACUAGGGGUGUCCAAACUUUGGUCCGGGGGCCGUUUGCUGCUCUUGGAGUGAUCUUUAACAAACACUUUUCAAGAAUGCCAAAGAAAACGGUAUACCAUGUAAGGACUGUGGUCUGACGUUUACGCUCAUGGACGCCUAUGAGACUCACCUGCACCAGCACGCACUGGAAGAGGAGGAAUCCCAGAUGAGAGACAACAGGGCUCCUAUUGGACACAUGGACACGGAGGAAGAAAACGGACAGGAAGACGGGAGCGUUGGCGUGGAUGGCUGUGACAUGAACGGUGCGGCACAAAAACAACCUCCUGAGUUAACACAAGGAGUUCAGUAUCCCAGGGUCUCGGCGAAUAGCUCCCGAUCAGUUUACACCUGCGGGGUUUGUGGGAAGAUUUACACUUACUUGGUUUCAUUUCAGAAACACCAAAAAAUACAUGAAAACUUGCCUGAUAGAGAAAAAACUCGGAGCGUGAUUGAUUCUAACUUACGAAACUACGAGUGUCCAGACUGCGGGAUGUUGUUCAUCAGGCGAACGCGACUAAUCAGUCAUCUGAGAGUUCAUAGGUCCAAAAGGCGCAACAAGCUGCCCAAAUGUGAUCAGUGCAACAAAGUCUUCACUUCUGUAAAGUCGUGGACAGCUCAUGUUGAGCUUCACAAAGAGAGGCGUUUCUGGUGUUUGAGUUGUGCUCAAGGCUUCAUGAAUGAGGGGAUGCUGGACAAACACUUGCAGAGUCACAGUCUGAGGCAGAAGAACCUCAAUGCUGAUGACCAGAGCAUACACAACGCUAAACCAUUCCUGUGUCCUCCAAAAAUCCAACGUACUCAUCAUUGCCUUCACUGUGGCAAGAGCUUCUGGCGUUCUAAAACACUCUUUAGACACAAACUCAAGCAUCUCGGAUGUCAAGGCGGGGCCACAAGUAAACCUCCAGGGAGCCCUGCUUUUAAUCAGGGGCUGGAAGAUAUGGAAACAAAGACAUCACUUACAAAUAGAAGGGAAAAGCUGGAGAUGGAUGCGAGCAUGGAGGAGCUGCAAGUGAAGGAAGAAAACAUGAAAAUCGGGGAUCAGAGUCAACAUUCAGCGGCCGAGGACGGGGAUCAGGAAAACUUUGAGGAUUCUGACUGCGGAGAGCCUGGGCAUCGUUAUGAGAUUUCAGAACUUCACCGCUCAGACAACCAGCUGGACCGGCCGAGCUCAGAAGCUGUACAUUCACCUGCAGGAAAGGAGAGAGAGAGGGCUGAGCCAAGACUGCACAGAGAGCAUAAGUAUUGGGAAUGGGAGUGCAUCGAAUGCGAUAUGGGCUUUGAUGAAAUGGCAAAACUGCACUCGCAUUAUGUAAAACAUGCAACAGGGGAGUUACCCAUUCCAAAAGAAGAAAUUCAGGUUUGAAACAUUACAAAAGCUUUUUUCUGUCCAUACCGCAGUAGGAUCUCACCUUUUGGAUGCAUUUUUGUACUAUAUGAAGCUAUUAUGUUUUUCAGAGUCUGACACUGGGAAUUUACAGUGUUUUUAAAUAAAUGAUUGAUAUAAAACGGGAAUAAUGGGAAAAAGUUGAAAAUGAUACAAUGCCUGUAACCUAAAUUAAAAAAAAAAUUCUUUCAAACGGAGUUAUUUGAGCAAUCACUGUAUAUUUUUUAUCUGUAUAGUGUUAUAGUAUUAGUAGUACUAGUAUAAAUAGAUAUAUUAAUAUCUAUAAGUAAGUCUCCAUAUUUUUGGAGCAAAUUAAAGGGCCUUUGUUUUAUAGUGUCUUGCAAAUGUAUGUAUGCUGCUUGAACGUCUUCAUACUUUGUCAUAUUAUAACCACAUACUUAAGUCUAGCAUUUUAUAAAAAUUUUACUUAAUAGGCAAAUGGAGGAGAAAUGUUUCAUUAUUUCCAAGUUUCCUUACAAAUAAAACUUUAAAUCCUGA